AUGCAUCGCGCCCGCUCAGCGGUUCUGACCAACGACGAAAUCGUUGAAGUGCGUGCUGCACAGCGAACUUUCGAGGGUGCUUAUGUUCGAACCGCUUUAUCCCAGUUCUCCUUCGCUCUUGUCGUGUUGAAGAUCUUCACCGCCGAAUUCUACAGUAUCGGCGCCCUCUUCGCGAUCUAUGGCACCGGAGUCUUGAUCAUUGGGCUUUUUCGCCGCUCACAAGGAAACCGCCAGUUCUUCUCAGAGGUGGGAGAGGACGGGGUACAUCGUCCCAAGUUCCGCACGAGUGGAAAUGCAGUUGUCGUUCUGACCGCUCUAAGUGUGGCGGCGUACGUGUGCUUGAUUGGCUUGACUCUCACUCUCCAGACCUGA